AUGAAUACACAACAACCUCAGCAACAUCCUGCCGCUUCAAUUGGCGGUGGCCUUGGCGGUGGUGGUGGCGGACCUGGUGGUGCCCCUACUGGUACUGCCCUACAACAACAACAACAACAACAACAACAGCAACAGCAACAGCAACAACAACAGCAACAACAACAACACUCACACCAUCAAAUGAUUCAAGCAAGAAUGCUACAACAGAAGAAGGAUGUAGUUGAACGAAUUGCAAAGAUCACUGGUUACUAUCAUAGUCGGCCUGCUGACAACUCGCCAGAGUUCUGGAUGUCCUUCAUUGGAGAGUUCUUCAUGCCUGGAGGCAUAUUUAUACAUACAAUGCGUCAACAGCCGCACAUUGCUGCCGUGGACGAUGCAUCAACACGAAGAUUUGAGAUACCAUGUUCUUUGCUGCCUAGAUACUUCAAGGUAGCGUUUGACACUGGCUUACUUUCAACAUCGCUGACGUUCGAGGACCAGAGCAUUGAGUAUCUACCAAAUGGACUGACUUGUUUCAAUGUGAAGAUUGCAAGAAUGCUAUUGGUCUACGACACGAUACACGUGCACAUCGAGGGCUCUCUUGCUAUCUACUUUGCACCCGACAUGAAGAUCGUGUCAUUGUACGCCGACUCGCGAUCAUUCCAAGAGUCAAUACCACGCGAGCACAUCACUCGCUUCUUUCAAGACUAUCACAAGCAGCCACAGCAGCAACAAUCACCUCAAUCGGCAUUGCUAUCGCUCGAACAGCAAUUCGCAUCACCCGUCAGCGCCAUGGGCAUCCCUUUACAUCUGAUGCGCUACUACUCCAUCGUGAAUGCCGUUGUUCAGUCGUACGACAUGAUGCAUGCCAAUCACUCGCCAAAAGACCCAAGUAAACCAAAUGGAAAUUCGUCACAACACUUUGUAAUGCCACACUCGCCUGCAGGUCAGGGUCCUCAAGUCAACUCUCCACAUCAGAAGCCACCAUCUGGAAUGAUCUCAGGGCAGACAGGUGGUCCAGAUCAAAAGGAAAAGAAUGAACAACAGCAGCAACAACAGCAGCAACAGCAGCAAGCCGCAGCUGGCCAACAACAACAACAUAACAAUGGUAACAACAAGUCGAAUGAGAAUAAGGUAUACAAAUUCCAGGUGUCGCCUCAACAGAAGGAACUGAAAGAGACACAACCAUCUCCGUCAGCCACGGCCAAGAAGAAAGCAGUGUUCAAGGAGUAUGAUAACGAUAAACAUAUGGCAAAGAUGUCAUAA